UAUUGAAAUUUCAUACAAAUGCAAAGGGGUCAAAUGAAAAUCAAGAAAAUUGUACGAUGGUUGGGAUUGUGUGUGAUUUUGCCUUGAAACGCUCAGGUGCUUGAGUGAAUGAGAACAAGUGUGUAAAAUGAACGCCACUUGGAAAUAUGCUGAGUAUGGUGUUCUGUGUUGGAAGUGUCACUGUUUUUUGUGUGUUGCGUGAAAAUCAAUACAAAUAAAUGUGUUGUCUGCACAGAGUGUGAUCUCGAUUAGACAUACACUAUUGAAAUUUAAAGUGACUUUUGCAGCGUGUGCUUGAACGCGCUGAUGAAAAAUGAUUUUGAUUUAAGUUCAAUAAGAGUGCAGAGAGAGAGAGAGAGAGAGAGAGAGAGAGAGUGUGAGAAGAAAAUUUGUGUUGCUUCAUUGUUUCGACACGUUUCGGGCGUUUUUUUUACUGUGCAGUAUCAAUCGCAAAAUAGAAGAAGAAGAAGAAGAAGCAAAAAAGACGAUAAAAUCUGUUAUGCUCGGAUGGAUAGAGAGGAACGAAUAUGAGGCCAUGAUGGAACAAUACCAAUUUCCCGUUCUAUAGUAGUAGUGUGGUGUGUAGUGUGAUAUUUGGUUGGGCUUUGGCUGGCUGCCGAGCUGCUUGUGCAUCUCCGUCUCACUCUCUCAAACGUUGUGUUAGCAAUGGCCAAACACCAGCGUCGGUCGUUUGCUACAGAUAAAUCGCCACAACCAUAUCAUGAUGAAAUGCGUCGACAAUCCUAUCACCAGAAAUCGAAAUUGGUGACAAAACCGAAUUUACGCUACGCGAAAAAUCCAACCAGAAACGAGUCACACAAAAACAGGAGCCCAAGAAACGAAGGCCAUCAUGCGAAGAACAAAAAUCAAACAUAUCCGCAUCAUCGAUCUCCCCCGCCUCAGGCAUUCAGCCCUCCCGAUUCCUAUUACAUAGUCAAUGCAACUGAACCACCAACUUUAGAGCAAAUCGCUGCCGAACGGGAACGCAUUCGUACCGAAUUCUUUUCCACCUAUGAUGCCAUGACUGGUGUGCGAAUCGCCACAACGCUGGGCGGAUUUUUUGGCUUGAUGGUGUUUUUAGUAAUUUAUAAGAGCCGCGGCGAAAGAAUCGAAACAAUGAAAGCAUUAAAGGACCCUAAAAUUGCUGCAGUUGCAGCAGCUGUUAUGCAAGAAGAAGAGGAUCGUGAACUGGCCGAGGCGAUGGAAGCAACUGGACUGUCUAUUUAUCCAGAUGAUUACGUGGACUCGUUUCCAUAUCGCUCGCGAAGCCGCAUGAUGUCACUCGGCAAUGUAAGCGCUCCACCCACACUCAAUCAAACUGGUCGGUUUUCAUCAAUAGGCGGUUAUAGCAGUUUAUUAACACCAACUCAGCGACGUUUUUCUUAUGCCGGAUCUUAUCGUAAAAGCAAUUCAGUUGAAUCAUCUCGUGUAUUUUGUGCCUAUCCGAUAAAUGAAAGCUUUGAUUACUAUAUGGAAAGUGAUGGAGACGAAGCCGAUGACGAAUUCGAUCAAAUCACCAGCAGCAAUGAUGUGGACGAUCGACCGCAACAACCGUAUCUAUCUGCGCCACAGCGGGGAAAUGAAUCGCGGCGUUGCAGCAAUAUAACAUGCUGCUCAACGGAGAGUUCGUAUUUGGAACGAAGAUGCUCAUCAAUAACAUUAGGUCUAAGCCCAUUGCCGGCAAUUUCUUCACGAUGUCCAAGCACAACAAAUAUUUGGGAUUAUGUUCAUCAGCCGCCAGACAUUCAAUUAACCCAACCAACACCACGUGUGUCACCGUGUUCGAGUGAACGCACUGACCAAAGGCACUAUCAAGAUGGUGGCGGCGGCGGUGGUGCUGUGAAUGCCCGCCGUUGGAAAAAAGCACAAAGACGACGCUCAAUUGAUCAGGAAUCAUUUGAUUCGACCAGUACGUAUCCGGAGCGAAGCCGGCGAUUUUACUAUGAUGAAAUCGAAGAGGAAGAACUGGCCGAAACCACAGUAUUAGCACAGCAAAUCAAUAAGUUAGGCUUAGAAACCCGAUGUUUAGACGACACUAUGCUUAAGUACACGUUGAAUAAUACAUUUCAAACUAAUUUGUUAUCGAAUCGACGAGCUCCAUUGGCCUCGAUCAGUUCGCUGAAAAUGUCAUCGAUUGAUUAUCAGGAUUCGGAUUUGCGAAGUCCCGUUUCGGAUUCAGUAUUUGAAGAGACGUACGCUGACACCGACGACGAUAUGGAUCAAUUUAGCACAGAUACCGAUGUUGAACUACAAAAUACGGAAUUUUUGCCACUCAAGGAAAUCAAGUCACGUUCACGAAAGUCAAAUUCAAAAACAGUUGCACGUGUUGAACGCGCUGCUGAAGUUGAUGCAUCGACCAGCACAAAUAACAUAUCGAUUGCCAUGCAAACCAGUUUUACGACAGGUUUGAAUAGUGACGGCGUCGAUUUGAAUCAAGAGACAAUUUGUGCGAUUGAUGAGAUUGGUCCACAAGUUCAGAAUAACAAUCGAAAUGUGGGCGAAAGUGCAACGCCGAAGCUUUUCCAUUUAUCGAGUAACAGUAGCAGUGAGAAUAACAACAAGUACAGCAAAUCCACCGGUAAUAUGGCGCAUGAAACAUUGGCCAAUAAAUUGGAUAAAAGUCAAUUUCUAUCGGAACCAUUGAAUCUACACUAUCGAGCCGUUGUCGAAGAGCCAACACCGCUGCCAUCGUUGCACAAAUCAAAUAGCAAAACCAAUAUGAGUACGCUACGAAUGCCAUUAAAAGCGAAUUAUUAUAGUAGUAGCAGCCGAAGUAGCAGCAGCUGCCACAGUACCACAUAGAGGAAUACCAAGCAACCAACAAACACACACACACACACACAUUGAACAAUGAGCUUAUAUCAUAGUGAACAAAACUCCAAUCAACUGAGAGACAACUGUUACCAAAAAAAACAAACAAACUGAAAACAUAUUAUUAGAAACAACUUUUCUAAAGCCUAUCGUCUUUACACAAUACGUAGAGUGAGUCUCACAAACCAAACCAAACCAAACCAAACCAACCAACCAAAACCAUAAAAAACGCAACGCAAAACUGCAUGUUUGCAAGCAUCAACUACAUCUAUAUAACUUGUUAAUUCUUCUGUGAUUUUUGAUAUGUCCGUGUGAAAUGUUUCGUCAUACGGCUUAGGAGAUACAUGUUUUAUUACAAACAGUUGAAGAAGAUGACGCAGAUGAAAAUGAGUAUGAGUGAAUGGAAGAAGAAAAAUUGAAAUAAACAAUUAACUAUUUAUAGCGACCCAAAAUGCCAUAAACGCCAUUUUCUUGCGGAAAAUAUCGGUAGACAUGUAUUUAUUAAAACAAACCAAAUGAACAUAGCGAGAGGGUUUUUAUUAGAGAGCUUUUCAGAAGCAGAUACAUAUUUGUCUAGCUAAAAAACACACAUACACACAUACACUAGCUAACUGUUGGAAAAUGGCUCCCGGAAAUGAGCCGUUUGGCCCCCAUUUUUGAAUAUUGAGUUGGCGGCUUCUGAAUUACCAUUAUGCCAUUAUAUCCGACACAAUAUUAGAUGUAAUCCCGACCUCCUCCCCGAAGAGAAACUAUUAAACAUUGCCAUUUUGUAGCCACAGCAGCCACACUCAACCAUUCACCACCGGCUUCAACCUCAUUUCUGGGAACUCUUUUCACAUGAACAAACCAAUGGUUUUUUUUGUUUACUAGCGAAGAAACAUUUAAAUGAAAUGAAACAAUUGCAUUUACCAGAAGAAGAAAAACCAAAAGGACAUUUAAAUAAAACCAUUAACACAAAAAAAGGAAAUUGUCAAGAAAAAAAAAUAACAAACAAACAUUUUAGCGACUAGGUGUAGUUGAUGAAUUUUUAUUUUGCCUGUUGUUAUGUCAUUUUCAAGAAAAAAAAACACAUGAAAAAAAUCUACGACAAAAAAAAUUAACAAAAUAACAAGAAUAGCAUGUACUAUGUUGAAUGUCCAAAAAAAAAAAUCAAUGUGUAAGAGAGAAAAAUUAAACAAAACAAUGUGAAUUAAUGUUAGAAAUAAACACCUUAUUUAUUACUUAUCCUG